AUAAUUUUUAGCUACUAGUGGAGUUGAUGAACGAUGUAUAAGAGACAUCAUGAGCCUUAGAGAAGGGUCGUGAUUUGACGAUAGCUUUUAGUUUAAUAACGUUUACUUAUCUUUUCAUCGGUGUUGUCUUCUACGUUGGAUUUCCAUUAGCGAAAACGUGCAUUGAAGAUAAUCUCUUAAACAAUUUCUCAAAACGAGACACAUUGACCUUGAUAUCGAGGCUACUUCUCCUGUUCCAACUGUUCACUGUAUUCCCACUGAUAACUUAUAUGUUGAGGCAGGAUAUAUUGACGAAUCUCAAUGGCAUAUUUAAACUGGAUUCUACUUUUGGAUAUACCAAGAUCAUGUGCAUCAAUUUUGUCGUUGUACUGACAUGCAUCAUGUUCGCCUGUUUUCUCCCGAGAAUUGGAACAUUGAUAAGGUACACCGGAGCUUUAAGUGGAUUGGUGUACAUCUUUCUCCUACCAAGCUUAUUGCAGAUGGCCUCACUUAAGAAAGACGAUCGUUUGACAGCGCCUAAAGCUAUAUUCUAUUGCUGUAUUAUAGUUAUCGGAUCUUUGAAUUUGUUUUCACAGUUCUUCAUCAGUGAUACUCAGUAGAAUUUUAUUUUUUUAAAAUCAACUUUUAUACUUAAUUUCUUAUUUAUUAGCAGUUUUAAAUACAUCCUCUGAGCUUUUUUGUUUUUUUCAA